UCCCCUCCCAACUAGGUAGCCAACACCAUCUCUCUCUCUCUCUUCUCUCCUCUCUCUCAACGAUUGUCACGAGGACCAAUGCCCUAAUUGGGUCCAAAGCAAAGCCGAUCAGAAACCUUGACAAUGAGAAGACAAGAACCCCACCUCUCCUCCUCUUCUCUCACUCCUCUUAUAUUGCAGUGCAACUGCAGUCCCAAUUUUGAAAGCUUUCGUAAUCAUCUGAAAAAACCAUCCAACUCCAUGCCCUCUGUGUUCUUUUCUGCUCUUCUUCAGUACCAUGAGGCCGGAGAAGAACCCAUUAGACCUCAACAAUUUGCCUGAAGAUUAUCCUGGUGAUCGAUGGCGCGAGGGCACGCAUACUGCUGAGGAGACUGAUCCCAAGGAUAGAAAGAGAAAGUGUGGAGCAGAUGAAGGGAAGGAAGUUUGUGGUAAGGUCUAUGAAUGCAGAUUCUGCUCUCUCAAGUUCUGCAAGUCUCAAGCUCUUGGCGGACACAUGAACCGCCAUCGCCAAGAGAGGGAAACCGAAACCUUGAAUCGUGCUCGUCAGCUGGUUUACAACAAUGAGAAUAUUGCGGCUCUUAAUCUAGGGCUGAGAGACCAGACCCAUGGUGCGAUGCAGUCCAUGGCCGGAAACUUCCACCAAAGAAGCGGGGAGCCACCUUCUCUCUCUUUCAACCCGAUGCUAAACAGGCACCUUCCCGCCUCUGCUCCCACCUUCUCCCCUCCUCCACUACCUCCUCUCUCUCACCACAUAUACCCACUUUCAUCUCCGCAGCGUUUUCUCUCAAUGACACCAUCUCCAUUUCCACCACCUCCGCCAUCUUCCAUGAAUGACUAUCUUAUUGGCCAUGUUCUUGCUGGAAAUCAACACCACUUGCACCGCCAUAACUUGCACCACCACCAUGUCGUUCCAAGGAGUAGUACAGGGUCUCCUCCAAAUGAAACAACUUUCGCCGUCGGUUCUUCUGCAUCUUCCUCUUCCCAUAAUUGGGGUUACUCAGAUGAUCAAGCUCCAACACAUCAGUUCCCACAUGAUUUUUGAUAACACUAUGCCCCCUGUCAGCAGGAGAGAGAGAGACUCAAAGUUCUAGUUGUCAAACGUUUUGGGGAGGAAAGAGAGAAUGAAGCUUCGUGUUCGGUAUCGUUUUGGAGAGAGAAAGAGUCAAUUUUCUUUCUGGUUAUAUGAUAGAGAGAAAGUUAGAGCGAGAGAGCUAGUCAAAGUAAGCUGGUUUUUUAGAGAGAGAUAGAAAUCUGGCAGUAGCUAUGCAAGAACUCAAAAGGAAGAAGAAAGAGAAAAGCAAUCUUUUAGAUUUUUCUUGUCUUUCUUGAUUUCUCUUUUAUCUGUUCUUUCUUUAUAUUUUUUUUUAUACUUCUUGUUUGCAGAAGUGCAGCUUUUGAUCUGAGUUAUGGAGUGUAAUAGCAAAGUGGAUAUGGAGAGUUAGGAAGGGGACUCCCCUUUCACACUGGUU